ACUUUUUUGAGGAAAGGAGGGAGUAUUCCUCACCGUGGCUCUCCGCGUCUCACAGUUUGACACGUAUGAGGUCUACACAGAGGAUCUCUCUCCAGAAAACGCCCCCAAUUUAGCUUAAAUAGGGUUUUUAGUGGAGCUUCAAUUCCAAAACACCACCUCCUAAUUUCCGCCGCUCCUAUCCCGAUUCCCAGAAAACAGAAGGCAAAAUGGCUCGCCGUAGUUCCGGUGGAAGAUCUUCUCGCCCAGCCCCGCGUCCAGCUGCUCGUAGCCCACCUCCUCAAAAAGUGAAUAGUGCUCCUCCUCCAGCUCCAGUCCAAGGUGGUUCCGGUGGAUCCAUGCUUGGAAGCAUUGGUUCAACCAUAGCUCAAGGGAUGGCAUUUGGUACUGGAAGUGCAAUGGCACAUAGGGCUGUUGAUGCGGUUAUGGGUCCACGGACGAUUCAGCAUGAAACAGUUGCAUCUGAAGCUGCAGCAGCUCCAGCUCCUAGUGCCAGCAUGGGUGGAUCUGAAGCCUGUGGUGUGCACUCUAAGGCAUUCCAGGAUUGCUUGAAUAGCUAUGGAAGUGACAUCACCAAGUGCCAGUUCUACAUGGAUAUGCUGGCUGAAUGCCGUAGAAAUUCAGGUUCUAUGAUAUGAUCUCCUAAGUCCGCUGCCCUGCAUUCGCUUCAUCCACUCAUUUGAAACUAUUGUUAUUGGAAUAUAACUAAGGAUUCCUAUCAUUGUAUACUGUUGUUUUUACACACCAUUUAAAGUGGUGGUCUGCAGACUUUGGGCUCCUAGCACUUUGUUACCCAAUUUGCAUGGUGUUCAUUGGGAAAUAAAGAUCUUUUAAACAUGUGGUUGAAUA